GCUCGUGGCUCCUCCUCCUCCUCCUCGUGGCUCCGGCUCGUUCGAUCGCGUGGGACCCGGCCUCACCAUCCCAGGGUCUCUCCCCUGUACAUCGCAGGGCAACCCUGCCCCCCUGCCCCCCACCACCGCCCCCCCCAUGCUGCGCCAGGUGGGGUCUCUGGUCCCGCGGCUUCUGCGGGGCCGCGGGCUCCUUGUGGCCAACACGGCGAGUUGCGGGGCUCUCAUGGCCACGGGCGAUGCCGUGCAGCAGUGGAGGGAGAGGCGCGCAGGGAGCCGCGAGCACAGGGACUGGGUGCGGACCGCGCGCAUGUUCUCCGUGGGCAUCGUGAUGGGACCCAUCCUCCACCUGUGGUACGUCUACCUCGACAAGUUCCUGCCGGAGAGGACGAGGAAAGUGGUCGCCAAGAAGAUCCUCGCCGACCAGCUCAUCGCCUCGCCGCCGUUGGCGGCUCUGUUCUUCUUCGGAAUGGGAGCUCUGGAGGGACAGAGCGUUAAACAUUCCGCCCACGAGUUCGCAGACAAGUUUUUGGAGAUGUAUAUGAUGGAUUGGACCAUCUGGCCGGCGGCGCAAGCGGUCAACUUCUUUUACGUCCCGUCGUCCUAUCGGGUCAUCUACGUGAACGUGGUCACCCUGGGAUGGGACACAUUCCUUUCCUACCUUAAGCACCGGGACGACAAGACGGACGCGGGCGGAGCGCCGGCCGAGCGAGACGCCGGCGAGCGGAGGGAGGCGCCGCACGCGGCGGCCUCUCCCGCGGCGGCCGAGCUGUGCCCGGAGAGGCCGCCCCUUGCCGAGGCGGCCGUGCCGAGCUUGAGGCGGGAGGUUUAGUCGUGGCCCGGGGGGAGGGGGGGGGUCGGGGCGGGGGGGGUGCAAAAUCGCCCAUCGGCCCGUAUAUGGAAGGGAAGUGGGCGUGCAGUUUGCCCGUAGUGGCGUUUCUCUGCCCGUACGUGGCCUUGCGGAUCGUGAAUCGAGGCGUUCUGCGUGCGGUCAAUCUGACAGCUGCCCCCCCCUCCCCCCCCCCCCCGUUGGCGUUGGAGGGUUAAUCGCCGCGUCGAAUAAUUCGCAAGCGAGCCACGGACGGGCGCAGUAAUCCCAUUGGUUGGUGCAGCGUUCGUGCGGAGUGCUCCACUCUUUUUGUUGAUUGGCCAAAUAUCUCUCGGCACGAACGGUGAUUCGCUCGCGUUCAGUUUUUUUAUUGCACGGCGGCAUGCUUCGGAGGAGAGGCGCUCAACGGAAAUCGGCAAUCUUCCCCGGAUGGUUCGCCUUGAUGUCGCAUUCGUGCCAAAAGAACGAUUAUUUGACGUGGGUUUUAUUAUUAUUUUUUUUUCUUAAUUCGAGAGGGAACACUUAAGAUGAGAAAAAAUAUAUUUGGGGAUUUUUUUUGUAUUUGCACGCCACUCUUCAGGAAUGUAGAUAUAUAUUAAUUUAUGUGUACCGAACGGAGACGGCCAAUUGAUAACAAUACGAUUGUUAUAUUUUAAAGACACGAAAAGAGAAAUAUCAAAGGUAGGUUUCAAAAUAAACCACCACUGGAACCAUC